AUGGACAACAUUAAGGUACCCCAGCUGAACACCAUCACCCUGCGGUCCCGUCCGCUGACGACCCACGCCAUCACCAUCUCCUGCGAUGCCGAACUCGCUGUGGCCGCCGAUGAUUCGGUGCACAUAAUGCUCCCUGAGUUCCCGACCCCGGAGGACGAUACCCGCCGCGGGAACCGUGAUGUCGGCGCCGACGAGAACAAGCGCAUUCAGUACCACACUCACCGCGGCCAGUACAUGACCAUCAAGCGCCCCGAUCCGCGUAUGAACGCCAAGCUGUUCGACGCUGCCGGUUUGAGGUGCCCGGGUAACGACAUGGAAGAGGAGCCCUACUUUGGUGUGGGUUCCGGACUGCCAACCGGAUGGGGUAGCUCCCUGAACCAGGUGUCUGUCAUGGAAUGGUCUCCUACCGGCGUUGGCUACAACUUGCGCCCCGUCCUUUCUGUUCUUCUCACCAAUGGAUCUGUCAUGAUAUAUGGCCAAGAGGGCUCUGCCGUCACCGACAUCAGUGUUCGCAAGCGCAGCUUCGAUGCCUGGAGGGUUCUCUGGGGCAUCGGCGGCGUCCUACCCCUCCCGGACCGCAAGGUCAAAGACGGCAGCCACUUGGCAGGGGACAAGAUCAAGUCCUUCUCCUGGGCUCACAAGAUCGCCCCUGGCCGCGCCCUCAUCGCAUAUCUCAACGACCGGGACGAAAUCAUCAUCGUCACUGUGGAGUUCUUCGACAAUCCCAAGAUCAGGAAGGGGCCUACCUUGGCUUGGAGGGUAGAGGAGGUUGCUCGCUUCCCGAAUGACAGCCCCCACCCCAAGAUGAGUAUCAUGGACCCUGACUUUGUCCCCUCUGGCUCGGCGUUUUCCAUCAAAUGGAGUCCUUGGGCUGUCAUAGGCGAUAAACGCGUCGCCGUCAUCGCUCGAAUCAGCCGCAGCUACAUUGGUUUCCGCAAAGUCACCAUUCCUGCCGACUGGAUCCGUGGUGAGAGGGCUGCCGUCACUGUCGACGAGACAGACUUGCUGGGCAUAUGCACCAAUUUAAUGACCGAUGCUUUCGUUGAGUGGGAGAACGGCGUCUGGACGGACGGCGAUGACAAAAUCUGCCGCGGCGUUGUCGCUUCACCUUUCGAUGCAAAACCCUUCCAAGUCAUCCUCAACUCCCCUGCAGCCCCUGCACAACAGCAGCACUCGCCCACUAUAUGCAAUACUCUUUACCCAGUGAACUCUCCAAACGAGGGAAACCCUGCCACCGGCAUCAUCAUCCACCCACCCAACACCGUGGACAGAACCCCAGCCCCCGUUUACUCGCUCGUCCGCCUCGUCGCGUCCGCGACCAACGACAACUGGUAUCAAACCACUGCACCCGCACCCUCCGAUUCAGCCCUCGAAGACCAGGUGACCGUGCCCCAAUGGGCCAGCACCGUCGACGACAUCAUCUCCCUCUCUGUUCCCGUCGCCAUGGCCACCCAAAACGCCGACUCAGACAGCGAGGUCGGGGGCCCCGAGUCGGACUCGGAUGACGACUUUGAGAUGCCCACCGACGCCGGCGAGCAGGUCAACCCCUGGCGCAUCCGGAUCUGGGGCCUCGCGGCCUCCCCCGGUGGCGGCAUGCAUGCCGCCAUGGUCUCCCAGCAGAGCGCCCUCGGGCCCGAGCCAAAGGUUAAAUCUAAGAUCCUCUGGGGCUUCAAACCGCGCCUGGCUGCGGGUAUCGAGACCGCCAGCGAGGGCCAGGACGAGCCCUCCGGCGCGGUGCAGAUGACAACCGAGGGCAAGAUGUGGGAGUGGAUGUACGGUGGCGGCCCACCCGUGCGCGGCGCCGUGGGCUGGGCGGCCGAGUACAGGCCCAAGGGCGAUGAGGCGCUGCGCGAGCAGCUGAGGAGCGUGCUUCAAGCGCAGGUCUGUGGGUUCUGCAAGGCCGGUCUGAGGGAUGCUGGCCGGUACACUGUUUGCGACAAUGGCCAUACGUUUGCGACUUGCACAGCCAGCGGUCUAGCCAUCCUAGCCCCCGGUAUCUCUCGUGCGUGCGGUGUCUGCGGCCGUCGCUGCCUUGCUGCUGAACAGAUUGCCAGGAUUGCAGAGACGCACGGUGUCGAGGCCGUGGUAGAUCCAUCUGCCGUGGAGUUGUGUGGAGGCUGUGGCGGUAAGUUCAUUGCGUAG